UGUGGAUGGCAGUGGGCAGGGAUGAGCUGAAUGCCCCCUCUCCUCCAACCAAAGGAAAAAAAAAAAUUACAACAAAGCUCUCUUCCUUGAAGAAAAGCCGUCAAUCCAAAGGUCACUCAACCAAAUAAUAUGUAUGUUCAUCCUUCUUUCCCUCUCUUUUCUCUCUUGUUCUUGUCUAAAUGAUAAUAUUUGCUAGAUAUUAGAAUGAUCACUUUCUUUUUCUUCUUUUUCACUGAUCAACCAUUAAGGGACUGAAUUAGGCUUCUUUAACAGUUCUAUAUAUUUAUUUGUUGGUCAUGGCAACUUUACUCAACUCCAUGUCUCCUAUGACAAACCCGUCACCUGAAACAACGAGGAAAACACGUGGUUUCUUUUACCAAAUCCCAAACCUUCAUUCUUUUUCACUCAACAAGGGUUUUACCAGAGUUUUAGCAACUACCCAGAUCACAAUUUCUCCUAAAGACUCUGUUUUUACUUUACCAAAUUGGAAGACGGGGAAGAAUGACACUAAAAGUAGGGAACUUAGGCUUAAUGAGGCUUUUUUUCAUAUGGAAUAUAUGGUUGGGAAAGGACAGAAACCUGAUGUAGCUCAAGCUACACAGCUGUUGUAUGAUUUGUGCAAGGCUAAUAAGAUGAAAAAGUCAAUUAGAGUGAUGGAGAUGAUGGUUAAUUCUGGUAUCAUACCUGAUGCAGCUUCUUAUACUUUCUUGGUGAAUCACUUGUGCAAGAGAGGGAAUGUUGGACAUGCAAUGCAGUUAGUGGAAAAAAUGGAGGCUCAUGGUUACCCAACUAAUACUGUUACGUAUAAUUCUCUAGUUAGAGGGCUUUGUAUGCAUGGAAACUUGAAUCAAAGCUUGCAGCUGUUGGAUAAGUUAAUACAAAGGGGACUGGUUCCCAAUGCGUUCACUUACUCUUUCUUGCUUGAGGCUGCUUAUAAGGAAAAAGGAGUAAAUGAGGCAAUGAAGCUUUUGGAUGAGAUUAUUGCCAAAGGUGGGAAGCCUAACUUGGUUAGUUACAAUGUUUUGUUGACUGGGUUGUGCAAGGAAGGGAGGACUGAUGAGGCAAUUAGGUUCUUCAGGGAUUUGCCUGCUAAAGGAUUUGAUCCAAAUGUUGUGAGUUAUAACAUUUUGCUAAGGAAUUUGUGCUAUGAGGGACGGUGGAAAGAAGCAAAUGAGCUUUUGGCGGAGAUGGAUGGUGAGGAUCGUUCUCCUUCUGUAGUUACUUACAAUAUAUUGAUUGGUUCUCUUGCCCUUCAUGGAAGGACUGAACACGCUUUGGAUGUUUUGGAUGAAAUGAUUAGGGGACGUUUUAAGGCCACUGCUACAAGCUAUAACCCGAUAAUUGCUCGUCUUUGCCGGGAGAAGAAAGUGGAUCUUGUGGUUAAGUGUCUAGACCAGAUGAGCUAUACACGUUGUAAACCUAAUGAAGGAACGUAUAAUGCUAUUGCUGUGCUCUGUGAGCAGGGAAUGGUGCAAGAGGCAUUCUCCAUAAUUCAAAGCUUGGGGAGCAAACAAAGUUCCCCUCCGCAUGAUUUCUACAAGAGUGUGAUUUCUAGCUUAUGCAGAAAAGGAAACACAUAUCCAGCCUUUCAGCUUUUAUAUGAAAUGACAAAGUCUGGGUUCAAUCCGGACUCUUACACCUAUUCGUCAUUAAUAAGAGGGUUGUGCUUGGAGGGAAUGCUGCAAGAGGCGCUGGAAAUUGUCAUAGUAAUGGAAGAAAGCAAUUAUAGGCCUGAUGUUGACAAUUUCAAUGCACUUAUAUUAGGAUUCUGCAAAUCCCACAGAACCGAUCUGUCUUUGAAGGUUUUCGAGAUGAUAAUAGAGAAAGGUUAUAUGCCGAAUGAGACAACUUAUACUAUUCUUGUGGAAGGGAUUGCUCAUGAAGGAAAAAUAGAGCUGGCAGCAGAAGUAUUGAAGGAGUUGCAUGUUAGAGAAGUUGUGAGUCAACAUGCUGUAGAGAGACUUGUUAUGCAGUACAACCUUUCUGCUAUAGAUAACAUUUGAUUCUUAGUUUGCCAAAAUAUGGACAGGAAAAUGGAAAAAAUGAAAGAUUAUCAUUCUGUUGCUUUGUGCAAAAUUGAUUCUUACUGUUCAGAUAUUUGACAGUGUCGAAACAUGAAUUUUGUUCUGAAAAAAAGAAAAAGUAGCUUGAGAUCGUUUGGCACUGUAUCCAAAAUUUUGAAGGUGGUGAGAAGAGGUAUCAAGUUCAAGCAGAAUGACUCGACUUUAUGGUACUUCUUUAUCUGCUUGAGCUGGUUAAUGUUUUGCUGUAAAUCCUGUUUAUUUUGUAGAGCUUUUGUUUGGUAUGUCGAAGUUGAUUUUGGUUGAUAUGAAAUGAUUAACAAAUCCCCUUCUCAACAGACAUCUAAUGGAAGACUCAUUUGACACUUGCUGUCCUCUUAGUCAUCAUGAUGCUUUCUCAAAUUCAUAAAUCAGUGUGUAAAAAUUCUUAGAUGGAUCAGCUUUUUCCUCCUAAUGCCCUGUUGGAUGUGAACUGAAGAGGUCUACUCUUCCAUUAGAUUUGAGCUCUUCUUGAAGAUGUUUUAUAAUUAUUAUUUGCUGAACUUAGAGAUGCAAAUAUGGUUUCAAUUUUUCUUUUCCCCAAAAGAAGAGAAAUUGUGUUUCCAGAUUAUGGAACAGCUUCUUUUCCCAAUAUCUAUUGGCUGUUCAAAUCUAUCAAGCUUGGGCAGGAUAGAUCACACCCUAUAGAGAGAGAGCAUUCAAGAUUAGCCCCAAUGGAAAGUCAUGAGAUUUCUUUGUUAAGA